AUGGCUUCCAUCUGUUAUGACCCGAAACUUCUUGCAAAUGCAACCAUCUUAUUUUUAGUUUUAGUGUCCAGCAUUGUUGUUUCUUGUACUGGUCUUGUUGCCGCCCUUGACUCGGCCUUACUUGCAUCAGAAGGCAAGGCUUUACUUGAUAGUGGAUGGUGGAGUAGCUAUGACAACCUCACUAUUUCACAUCGUUGCACGUGGCCUGGUAUAGUUUGUAAUCACGCUGGAAGCGUCAUUGAGAUUUCUCCAUCUUCAGAGUUCCACAAGGUUAGAGAUAAGUUCGGAAAGAUGAACUUUUCUUGCUUCUCUAACCUUGUCCGUCUCGACCUGGCCAACCAUGAGCUCAAUGGGACCAUCCCUCCUCAAAUUUCUACCCUUCCAAAACUCAGGUACCUCAACCUGUCCAAAAAUUGUCUAACGGGUGAGUUGCCUUCUUCACUUGGAAACCUCAGCCGAUUGGUUGAGCUUGAUGUUUCUGUCAAUAAUUUCUUCAAUUCCAUCCCUCCAAAACUAGGCAACCUUAAAAAUCUAGAGAUUUUGGACAUGAGUCAUAAUAAGCUUAACGGUCCAAUCUCUCAAACUUUGGGUAGUUUAGCCAAGUUGAGGUAUUUAAACCUUCAUUUCAACCAAAUCAACGGAUCCAUCCCUUUAGAAUUAGGAAGUUUGACAAAUCUAGAAAAUUUAGAUAUUGGUGUUAAUGAUCUAGUUGGUUCAAUUCCUUCUACCUUUAGUCUUUUAUCCAAUUUGAUUUUUCUAGAUCUUUCUCACAAUCGAAUUAGUGGAUCCAUCUCUUUAGAAAUAGGGAAUUUAACUCAUUUAGAAUAUUUAGAUCUUGAUUCUAAUAAUCUAAUUGGUUCGAUUCCUUCUAUGCUUAGUCUUUUAACCAAUUUGAAUUUUCUAGAUCUUUCUAACAACCAAUUAAACGAAUCCAUCCCUUCAGAAAUAGGAAAUCUGACUAAUCUAGACUCUUUAAAUCUUUUUUUUAAUAAUAUAGUUAGUUUAAUUCCUUCAGAAUUAGGGAAUUUGACUAAUCUAGAAUUUUUAGAUCUUUCUUACAAUCAAAUCAGUGGAUCCAUCCCUUCAGAAAUAGGGAAUUUAACACGUUUAGAAGUUUUAUAUCUUUACUCUAAUAAUCUAAUUGGUUUGAUUCCUUCUACGCUUGGUCUUUUAACUAAUUUGAAUAGUCUAGAUCUUUCUUCCAACCAAUUCAAUGGAUCCAUCCCUUCAGAAAUAGGAAAUUUGAAUAAUCUAAGCACUUUAUAUCUUAGUUUUAAUAUUCUAGUUGGUUUAAUUCCUUCAGAAAUAGAGAAUUUGACUAAUUUAGAAUCUUUAGAUCUUGGUUCUAAUAAUCUAGUUGGUUUAAUUCCUUCAGAAUUAGGAGUUUUGAAGAAUUUGAUGUUUUUGGAUCUCAAUAACAACAAGAUCACUGGUUCAAUCCCUUCAGAAAUAAGGAAUUUGAAGAAUCUGUAUAUGCUAUAUCUCAAUUUCAACUACAUCACUAGUUCGAUUCCUUCUGCCUUUGGUAAUUUAAGAGAGUUGAGAAAUCUUGACCUCUCUAGCAACAAUAUCAGUGGGUCGAUUCCUACAAUGCUAGGUACUUUAACCAAUUUGAGAUAUCUAAACCUUUCUUACAACCAAAUCAAUGGAUCCAUCCCUUCAGAACUAUAUAAACUGGCCUUUUUACUUUCUGUGAAUUUUAGUUACAAUAAUCUAUCAGGAUCUGUUCCUUUUGAUUUGCCACCACCCUUUGACACUCAUUUAACCUGUGAUUCUCUUCAUGAGCAAAGGGUCAAUAGUCUUGAAAUUUUUCAAGCUACUUCAUUUGAGGGAAACAAAAAUUUAUACCCUAAUUUCUCAAACUGCUCACCUUUAAAAACCAAGAGAGAUAGUCAUUCCAUCAAAACAAAAACCAAGAGACAUAUUCAUUCCAUCAAAAUAUAUCUUCCCAUCACUAUGUCAAUUUGUCUUUUGUUUCUUGGGUGUUAUUCUCUGUAUCGAUGUAAGGUUAAGACUACCCAAGUUAAGGCAACAUCACUGAAGAAUGGAGACUUGUUCUCCAUAUGGAAUUAUGAUGGGAAGAUUGCAUACGAAGACAUCAUUGCAGCGACGGAGGACUUUGACCUCAAAUAUUGUAUCGGGUCCGGCGGUUAUGGGAGUGUCUACAAGGCACAACUUCCAAGUGAAAAAGUAGUUGCCUUGAAGAAACUUCAUCAUCGAGAGGCAGAGCAGCCAGCUUUUGACAAGAGUUUCAAGAAUGAGGUGAAACUGCUCACACAAAUACGGCACAUGAGUAUUGUAAAGCUUUAUGGAUUCUGUUUGCACCAACGAUGCAUGUUUCUUGUUUACGAGUACAUGGAAAGGGGAAGCUUGUUUUGUGCCUUGAGAAAUGAUGCUGAAGCUGUGGAAUUGAGUUGGAUGAAAAGAGUGAGCAUCAUCAAAGACAUUGCUCAUGCCUUAUCUUACUUGCAUCAUGAUUGUAAUCCACCAAUCGUUCAUCGAGACAUAUCGAGCAGCAAUGUUCUGUUGAACUCAGAGUUGAAGUCCUUCGUUGCUGAUUUUGGAGUGGCUAGACUUCUUGAUCCUGAUUCGUCCAACAACACUGUACUUGUUGGUACCUAUGGAUACAUUGCCCCAGGUAAGAAAAUCUCUUCUUAA